CAAUAAAUAAUCGUUAUUGAGGAACAAAAUUUUCGUUAAGACAAAUUCAUCAAUUAUCAAGGCAUAUUAAGCAUCCAAUUAAAUGGAUUUGGAUAGAUUUCGAUUAGUACGUAACCCUUAUCCAGUUCCGAAUUUAUUGAAAGAAGGAACAUGGAUUAAAGGUGGUUCAGUUUUAAGCAAAAAUGUUUGUCCAGACGAGCGACAUUGGUACUCUAAAUUGGAACCUCAUGAUAGGCUCUUUUCUCAUCAGACGUUAACCACUGCGAGAAGAGACAGCCGAUACAAUUGCGACAAGGUGCCAAAUGACUCUUUGGAUUUGAUCUUAUCUUCCGUCUAUGUACAUAAUAAAGACUCGUUUCUACCAAAACCGUAUGUCACAAUGCAGCCAGAGACACUGAACAAAGAAACGUGGCGAGUUCUUCGUAACGAAAUGAAGAUAUAUUCGAAGCCACCGCUGCCACUGGGACAUGAAAUUAAGUACGCCAGUACGGAGUCAAAGGAAAAUUCAAAAACUAGAGGAUUAAAGGACCGAGUAAGGAAAAGAAUUCAUCCGAGUAGUCUUCGUUUGGAUAUGGAAGGGCCGCAUAUCGAUCGAACUAAUCCCGGUUAUAGUAGGAAAAUCGACGGAACUUAUUACGGCAUUUGAAGUAUAUUUUGCAACAUUAUAAUGAAACUGUCUGCAACGUUACUUUUAAGCGU